ACAAACGAGAUCGAAGAAGAGUUCUCAACAACGAAAAAUGAUUUUUAUCAAGGAAAACACAGCGAAGAUGACGAGGAACAAAGCUAUUGCGUGUUUGGUUUUUCUGACUGUGCUUGAUUUUUUAAUGAAUAUUGGAGCAGCUUUGAUGUCAAGUUUGGCAAUAGAAGGCGAAGAGCAGAAACUGGGGACGGUGAUAGGGAUCGAUCUAGGGACUACAUAUUCAUGUGUUGGUGUCUAUCAUAACAAACAUGUGGAAAUCAUAGCAAACGAUCAAGGAAACAGAAUUACACCAUCUUGGGUUGCAUUUACUGAUACCGAACGUCUCAUCGGGGAAGCUGCUAAGAAUCAAGCAGCCAAGAACCCGGAGCGAACCAUCUUCGACCCGAAACGUCUGAUUGGAAGAAAAUUUGAUGAUCCUGAUGUACAAAGGGAUAUCAAAUUCUUGCCAUACAAGGUUGUGAACAAAGAUGGGAAGCCUUACAUUCAAGUGAAGGUUAAAGGUGAAGAGAAAUUGUUUAGCCCUGAGGAAAUAAGUGCUAUGAUACUAACCAAGAUGAAAGAAACAGCUGAAGCUUUCUUGGGAAAGAAGAUUAAAGAUGCUGUGAUCACGGUUCCAGCGUAUUUCAAUGAUGCGCAGAGGCAAGCCACAAAGGAUGCAGGGGCAAUCGCGGGGCUUAACGUGGUUCGUAUAAUCAAUGAGCCAACGGGUGCUGCCAUAGCUUAUGGUUUAGACAAAAAAGGUGGGGAGUCAAACAUUCUCGUAUAUGAUCUUGGUGGUGGAACAUUCGAUGUUAGUAUCCUUACCAUAGACAAUGGAGUCUUUGAAGUCUUAUCCACAAGUGGAGACACUCACCUUGGUGGAGAAGAUUUUGACCACAGAGUGAUGGACUAUUUCAUCAAACUUGUCAAGAAGAAGUAUAACAAAGACAUUAGCAAGGAUCACAAAGCCCUUGGUAAACUUAGGCGUGAAUGUGAGCUUGCGAAACGAUCUUUGAGCAACCAGCACCAAGUCCGUGUUGAGAUUGAGUCGCUCUUUGAUGGAGUUGAUUUCUCUGAGCCUUUAACGAGAGCAAGAUUCGAGGAACUCAACAUGGAUUUGUUCAAGAAGACUAUGGAGCCAGUGAAGAAGGCUCUUAAAGAUGCGGGUUUGAAGAAAUCUGAUAUCGACGAGAUUGUUCUUGUUGGAGGAAGCACUCGAAUCCCAAAAGUUCAGCAGAUGUUAAAGGAUUUCUUCGACGGCAAGGAACCCAGCAAAGGGACUAACCCUGAUGAGGCUGUGGCCUAUGGCGCCGCGGUCCAAGGUGGAGUAUUAAGUGGUGAAGGUGGAGAAGAAACACAAAAUAUUCUACUGCUUGAUGUUGCGCCUUUGAGUCUCGGUAUUGAAACUGUCGGAGGCGUGAUGACAAACAUUAUUCCGAGGAACACGGUGAUCCCAACGAAGAAGUCUCAGGUGUUCACUACUUACCAAGAUCAGCAAACUACUGUGACUAUCAACGUCUACGAAGGCGAGAGAAGCAUGACGAAAGAUAACCGCGAGCUUGGAAAAUUCGAUCUCACAGGCAUUCUUCCUGCACCCAGGGGAGUGCCACAGAUUGAGGUGACUUUCGAAGUGGACGCAAAUGGGAUCCUGCAGGUGAAAGCUGAAGACAAAGUUGCUAAGACGUCACAAUCGAUUACAAUAACGAACGAUAAAGGUCGUUUGACAGAAGAAGAGAUUGAGGAAAUGAUCAGAGAAGCAGAGGAGUUUGCUGAGGAAGAUAAGAUUAUGAAGGAGAAGAUUGAUGCGAGGAACAAGCUUGAAACGUAUGUGUACAACAUGAAAAGUACAGUGGCCGAUAAGGAGAAGCUUGCGAAGAAGAUAAGUGAUGAAGAUAAAGAGAAGAUGGAAGGGGUUUUGAAGGAGGCUUUGGAGUGGUUAGAAGAGAAUGUGAAUGCAGAGAAGGAAGAUUAUGAUGAGAAACUGAAGGAGGUGGAGUUGGUUUGUGACCCGGUUAUUAAGUCGGUUUACGAGAAAACCGAGGGAGAGAAUGAGGACGACGAUGGAGAUGAUCACGAUGAGUUAUAGAAUCGUAUAAUUGAAGGUCUUUUGAGUCGGUUAGCUAUAGGAUUUGCAGCU